ACUAGCAAGCGUUUCAGAAACACACGGACAUAUUACUGUGUGACACAGCGGGUGAACCAUGUGGAAGGAGACGUUCUGACUUAGAAGAGAUUUGUAGCAGUUUAAAAUAACAUUUCCAGAAAUAAUGAACUUAUUUAAUCCCGGUAGUUUAAAUAUAACUUAGCAAAAGGUGUUUUCCCACGGUAUUUAUCUGGACUGCAUCGAGUUAAAACAUGGGGAAAUCAAAGACCAAAAAUCAGAAGAAAUCCAGAGCUGAAGCAAACCAUGUGGCCGAGGAGGUUUACGGGUCUGUCCCACACUCUUUCGUGUUUCAACGGGGUCAGGUUGGCAAAAACGUGGGCCAGCUCAUCCUGGACAUGCGGCGAGUCAUGGAACCCUUCACCGCAGAGUCUCUGAAGGUUCGGAAAAAGAAUGUUUUGAAAGACUUUGUGGCCAUAGCAGGACCACUUGGAGUGACACACUUCAUGAUUUUCAGAAAAACUGCCGACAGCAUCAACAUGAGACUUGCUCGACUUCCCAAAGGACCUAUGCUUUACUUCAAAGUCCUCAAGUAUUCUCUUAUCAAAGAUGUAGUUUCAUCUCUGAAGAAGCACAGGAUGCACAAUCAGCAGUUCACGCAUCAUCCACUACUCAUCCUCAGUAACUUCGGCCUGGAUGGCAUGCAUGUUAAACUGAUGGCUACCAUGUUUCAAAACAUGUUUCCUUCCAUAAAUGUGCAAAAGGUAAACCUCAAUAACAUCAAGCGUUGUGUCCUCAUUAGUUAUGAUCCAACAUCCCAGGAAAUUCAGUUUCGACACUACAGCCUGAAAGUCGUCCCCGUGGGCAUGAGUCGUGGAGUGAAGAAGCUGAUGCAAGAGAAGUUCCCAAAUAUGACCAAGUUUGAGGAUAUCAGUGAACUGCUGAUAAAGGGAGCAAACCUUUCAGAGAGUGAAGCUGAGCCAGAUGGGGAAGACAACAUAACUGAGCUGCCGCAGGCUUACUCUGGAAGAGGAAACAUGCCAUCCCAACAGAGCGCUGUCCGUCUGACUGAAAUUGGCCCUCGCAUGACUCUGCAGCUGAUAAAGAUUCAGGAAGGGAUGGGUGAAGGAAACAUCCUUUACCACUCUACGAUCUCUAAGACGGAGGAUGAAAUACAAGAGACCCUGAAGAGGAAGGAAGCCCAGAUGAAAGAGAAGGAGGAACGCCGGAAAAAACAGGAACAGAACGUUGCUCAGAAAAAAGAGAAGCGGGAGGAAAACAAGAAAAGGAGCCUGGAAGGCAUGAAGAAAAAGCAAACAGAAUCUGAGGAAGACGAAGUUGAGGAUCCAGGAAUGCAGGACGAACAGACAGCUGCUGUAGAAUCUGAUGAUGAUGCAGAGUACUACAGACAGGCUGUGGGGGAGGAACCAGAUGAAGACAUGUUCCUGAGCGGUAAAAAGAGGCGGAACACAGAAAAAUCUCAAGGACCAGCCAAGAAGAGGAAGUUUUCCCCUGGAAAAUCCUCAAAAGAAAGAGAUUCCAAGUUGCCAAAAAGGAAAGGUCCAGGAGGACAGCACAGAGACAAAAUGGGAAAAGAUAAACGGGGGAAAGGAUGGAAGAAAUCUGGGGAUGGGGGGAACGUAUCUGGAAUGAAAACGGGGCCUUCAAGAAAAGCGUUUGGCUCAAAGAAACCUGGUGACAGGGAAAAUAAAUUUGGAGGCAAAAAGAAGUUUGAUGGAAAGAAAAAUAAGGACAAAUCGUUCAAAUCAAAAGGUCAAAAUGGCAAGUUGGGCUUCAAGAAGAAGGGUGCAGGAGCAAAGCAAGGCUUCAAACCGAGGAAGGGAAAAGAUCAGCAAGACCAACUGCUCAUAAAAAUAACUUACGCUGACAGCAGGAUGGAGCUGAAUUUCACUAAAUGUGAGAAAUUUCAGAUCGGCGUGCUGCCUACCAUAUAUGGGAUUGAGUUUCUUCUGGCCCUGGCAGGAAAUCUGUUUGCUCUGUGGCUGCUUCUGGUCAGAGAAAGAGGAAACUGGCACACGGGAGUCGUCCUGUCCUUCAACCUGGCCAUCAGUGACCUGCUGUAUGUCCUCACCUUGCCUUUGCUGAUUGUCUACUACUCCCUGGGGAAACACUGGCUGUUUGGUGAUGCUGUGUGUAAAAUUGAGAGGUUUCUCUUCACCACCAACUUAUACGUGAGCAUCUUUUUCGUCAUGGCAAUAAGUGUGAACCGAUGUGUGGCUCUUGUGUGGCCUUUUUUUACUCGCUCCCACGUGGAACCUGUCCACGCCAAGAUACUCAGUGUUGUCAUAUGGAUUAUUGUUGGGGUCAUCUCCUGCCCUGUGUUGAAAUUCGCCUCAGUUUGCCAGCACACCUACAACAACAAGACUCUGUGUGUAUCCUUCUGUGACCAGAUUCCUGAAUCUGAAUAUCAUCACUUCACUUACAAAUUAUUCCUGGCGGUUUUUGGGUGUCUUGUUCCUUUUCUGGUUACUUUCAUUGCUUACUGUGCUGUGUUUUGGGUGGUGUGGAAAAAUGCCAGUUUAACAACACUUGAAAAACGAAAGGUUGCACUGUUAGUCUCUUCAGUGAUCGUGCUAUAUGCACUUUCCUUUGGGCCUUAUCACAUCUUUCAAACAUAUCAUCUGUAUCUAAGAAUUAACAGCCCUCACAAGUCAGUCUGCUGGGUUUACAACAUGUACCAAGUGUCCAAAGGACUUGCAACGCUGAACAUGUGCAUCCAUCCGAUCCUCUACAUGGCUGUGUUUGACAGUAUAAGAGUGGCGUGCUGCGGAAAAAGUACAGAGGACAACGCAAGGGAAAAAUGAGGAAGUAAAACUCCUUUUUGUGGCUUUUGUGUGAAGUACAUCCUUGUUUCAGACUGAAAAUCUUAAGCUUAUCAUAAUUCUGCAAAGGCAUAAUUUACACUCACUUUUAUAUCAAUAUUACCAACUCCAACUCUGAGACAUAAUUAUCUGUAAUAAAUAUCAUUUGCUCCUCUAUCAUUCUUGUAAAAAAAUGGGGGGGCUGUAGAGAUGUUUGUCUUCCUGUGUUACAAAGUUGUUUUUUUUUCAUUCAGGAGUUAAUUCAGUGUAACACUGCCACCACAGUAAAACUCAGCCUCUGUAUUGCCAGUGUUACUUUCAAAAUAGCAAAAGUUAAAUUAAUUUAAUGUUUAUAAACUAUAACAGUAAGGAAAUUUAUGUGGUGAAUUCUUUUUUUGUUGUAAUGCUUUUGGGAAUAAAUCUCUCUGCUGCUG